AUGGAAGUUUUUGGGCAUAAACUUCACACUUGGUUGCGGUCUUACGGAUUACAAUCAGGUUCACAUACUGAACUCACCAAUACGUCUACACACAUUGCUCCAGUUCAAGACGUAGAACUACCGAAAGACCAGUCUUCAAAAACUCAACAAGACUCCACCACUGGUCUGACAUUUCUUCCUCCUCCCCCAAUAUCCCGAUUACCGGUAGAAAUCUUUCGGAUCGUCUUCUCCUAUAUCGUCUCCUCGAGCAUUGCGACAGACGACUCGGAGCGCGAUGCCCAGUGGUAUGCGUACUCGCAAGUAUGUAGCCACUGGCGCAACAUCUCCCUUCGCUCGCCUUCUCUCUGGACGACCAUCACAAAAGAUACCCCGGCUACGUGGAUAAGCAUAUUCCUCGACCGAUCCGCCUCGCAGCCGCUUUUCGUUUAUUUCCUCGUUCGGAAAUACUUAGAGCAGGACCGUUUCGCGCGCCUCUCCUGCGAGAUGCAUCGGGUUCGCGAACUGACGAUGGACUUAGAGCACUUAGGUGCUGAAACAGAUUACUUUCCAUCCGGAGUAGAGGUUGCUCUAUCGAAGCCGGCUCCUGUCCUCGAAACUUUCAUCGCUAUCGAUCACUCUGCUGACUGGGAUUGGGAGCUUCCUCGCAAAAUGUUCAAUGAUGAGGCACCACGUUUACACAGCGUGAAAUUGGCCGGCUUCAUGAAGACUCAGUUGGACACGACGCUUGUUAAACAUGCUCGACAUCUCGAUGGCGGAUGGCAACAUACGGCGUUUUUUAUCGCUCCUAUGCUUGUCAACGCACCGUUCGUCGAGACUUUGAAGUACACUAUGGGCCCCCACCCGGACUUCGAUCCUGAAGUUGAGGAGGUUUUGGGCGGUCUGCGAGACAAGGGUGUACAGUUUCCCUUCGAGCUUCCCCACCUCAGGCGUUUUCAGGUCGACAGAUGUAUGACCAACGACCUUUUACGAUUCCUCGACCAUUUCAUCAUCCCACCUUCCGCCCGCUGGGAGAUCAACUUCAACCACCACUGGCACGUCCGGAGCACCUCAUGGAUUCGCACUUUGGACCUCCUUACUAAGCACAUCCACUAUCGCCAAUCUCCUGAAGUCGCGGGGCCCCUGCACGACCUCAAACUCGAUUUGGGCCACCGAAUGUUACGUGCGGGUGGGUGGACAGACGGAGUGCUUCCGAAGUAUUGGUGCCGCGGGUACCGUGCCCCAGGUUUGGACUACGACCGUGCGGAAUUCGAUUUCGAACUAUACUACAACGAACGGGACUUCUCCCUUCACGCUCAUCGAGGAGCAUCCAUGUAUACACCAUUCGAUGAGACGAUCGACCUCUUCACCAGGCUUCCGCUCUCACAAGUUCGAAACGCUUGUUUUACGUCGUACGAGCUCCUACGCAAGGACCACCCUGAUAUCGCUGACUGCUGCAACGCCCCCUCGAUGUGGAGGAGGAUACUGCGUCGGUUUCCUGAGUUGAGGACGAUGCGGUUGUCGCGGGGCGUGGUGUUUGGCGUUUUCAGAGCGUUGACCGACGAACACGAGGCGAGGAGGCCUGCGUUGCGGUAUCUCGAGGAGUUGAUCGUCAAUAUGCGCAAUUCGAAGCAGUAUCUGGCUUGCGGGUUGUCUCCGGCUAAUUCGGUAGCUGUGAUGAGACAUCUCUACGGUUUCGUCAAGCUGCAGCAUGAUGCCGGUCGACCUGUGGGGAUCUUGCGCACCGAUCUCUGUGAGACGUUGUGCUCUUCCGAAAUAGCGAUGGAUGCGUUCGUGGCGCUGGUCAAUGUGGGUGUGUACUGUACCCAGUGCGGACGCGAGGUCCUCAGAGCCUUGAUGGACGACAAGAAGAUGGCGAAGAUCGAAUUCAUUGUGCCCUCGGGAGGGGACAACUACGAGAGGCUUGUGAUUUAUAUCAACGAGAAAUAUGGGUACAGCAGCAUCACCGAGUUUGUUUGUGAGUGGUACGGCCUAUCAAGCAAAAACGCAUACUGUGUCUCGAUCGAUGUUAAGGAAAACACGAUGCCUUGCAUGGUUGUUCACGUGUCUGAUGAGGAAGAAGAGAUGGAAGAGGGUGGCCAGUCGAACAUGAAUCAGGGCUGA